AUGGAAAGAGAGAACCAGACCAGCGUCUUUGAGUUCCUCCUCUGGGGACUGUCAGAGCGGCCAGAGCAGCAGGGCGUCCUCUUCCUGCUGUUCCUGUGGAUGUACGUGGUCACUGUGGCUGGGAACCUGCUCAUCAUCCUGGCCAUUGGCACGGACAGACGUCUCCACACCCCCAUGUACUUCUUCCUCGCCAGCCUGUCCUGGGCGGAUAUCCUUUUCACCUCCACCACCGUGCCCAAGGCCCUGGUGAACAUCCACACCCACAGCAGGGCCAUCUCCUACUCAGGAUGCCUGGCUCAGCUCUACUUCUUCCUGACUUUUGGAGACAUGGACAUCUUUCUGCUGGCCACCAUGGCCUACGACCGCUACGUGGCUAUUUGUCUCCCUCUCCACUACAGGAUGAUCAUGAGCCUGCGGCGCUGUGCGCUCAUGGUGACCGCCUGCUGGAUCCUCACAACUCUCGUCGCCAUGACCCACACCUUCCUCAUAUUCCAGCUCUCCUUCUGCUCCACAAAGGUCAUUCCUGACUUCUUCUGUGACCUAGAACCCCUGAUGAAGGUGUCUUGCUCUGAUACCCAGGCCAAUGAGUUGGUGCUUCUCUUCCUGGGGGGUGCAGUCAUCUUAAUCCCAUUUUUGCUUAUCCUGGUCUCUUACCUCCGCAUUGCCUCUGCCAUCCUCAGAGUCCCCUCCGCCCAGGGGAAGCGCAAGGCCUUCUCCACCUGUGGGUCCCACCUUGCUGUCGUAGCCCUGUUUUUUGGGACGGUGAUCAGGGCUUAUCUGUGUCCCUCAUCCUCUUCCUCCAACUCAGUAAAGGAGGACACAGCGGCUGCUGUCAUGUACACUGUGGUCACUCCCCUGCUGAACCCCUUCAUCUACAGCCUGAGGAACAAGGACAUGAAGCAAGCUCUGGUCAGACUUCUCAGGGGCCAGGUCCUCUUCUCCUGA